UGGCGAGCCCGUUCAUCCCGCCGUUUAUCGUACGCCGUGACGGUGGCCACUUCCUAACCUCUCGCGCUCGGUGCGUCCUCAGCCGGGUCGCCGGACCCGACCCGAAUCUGCCCCGGACCCUCCGAUUCCGCCCCUUUAUCGCCGAAGCCUUCGCCUACCGUGGCGUCUCUGUUUCGAAAGCAUAGCUUCCCCAUAAGGCUCGUCGAUCGAAGGGGAGAGGAAAAAUGGUGUGGGCACUUUUCCCCGCGGAUUCGCUCUCAGGUGAAGAGAAGUACUAUAUCUUCAGCAAGGGGACUUAUAAAGUGGGCCGGAAAGGUUGCGACAUAAUUAUCAACAAAGACAAAGGAGUUUCGAGGAUUCAUGCAGAGAUAGUUGUUGCCGCAAUGACUAACGCGAGUCCCUUGGCAAUCGAGUCUUCCACCUCUUCUGCCAAGGUCCUGAUAAGAGAUUGCUCGAAAUAUGGUACAUUUGUCAACAAAAAUCUUGGAUCCCAAGAAAAGGUUCAUGAGUUCCCUAACAAGGAAGCCACUUUAAAAGAUGGCGAUAUGGUUUCUUUUGGAACUGGUAAUGCAACCUACAGGUUUUGUUUUGUCCCGCUUGUAUUUUAUGUCGUCUGCACGGACUCUCGCUCAUCAUUUCGUAGUCUUGAAGAAAAAGUAUCAUCAAUUGGUGGUCUGGUAACUGAGAAUUUUAGAGAUUGCACACAUGUCCUUGUUGAUCAAAGCAUGCAAUUCGAGGAAAGCCUGCUUGAUGCAGUUGUGGCCAAGAAACAUUUCGUGCUUAGUAGCUGGCUUGAGUAUCUUGCAGGAAAAAAUGUCUUGAAUGAGAUACCUAGCUAUACUUCCCACCUUCCAACAAUAGUAGCUGAAGGAGUAUCAGUCAAAAUUGCUGAACCUAAAACUCGCGAUACUUGUUUGGGGGGAUAUACUUUCUUAUUGGAACCAUUGCAGAUGUAUAAAUUUGGAGAUAGACUGCAGAUGCUGUUGGGCGUAGGUGGUGCAAAGAUCCUCUCGGCCAAUGAAUUUCAUUUUAAUAGCCAAGCAUCGGAGUUUGAGAAUAAUCGAGUUGUGUAUGUCAUGCCUAGAAGAACUGUUGAUAGUCACUCCAGCAAAGUCAGUUUAUUGUUUCAAGUUAAUGAACUGGAUUUGGUAUGCGCUGUUUUGUCUGCGCAUCUGGACACUUCCUCACUUAUAUCUCCAUCUGUAAUCGUUUCGUCUUCCUGCUCUACGGAUGAGACAGUGGUAGCUGACUCAGAAGCAGAAGAUGAAACUGCGACAUCGAUGCAUGCAGAUUCUCCUGUUCAUCUAGAAAAACCCACCGUGCCUAACCAUUCAGGAAAAGCUUCCCGAAAUGGUGUUGUAGCUGACUCAGAAAAUGACCUUGCCGUGAGCAACAAGUACAGCUGCGAUGACAUUGUGGUUAGAAGUGACAGAACUGCCACAUCAAAGCGUGCAACUUCCCCUGUUCAUCUAGAAAAGCUAACCAUGACUGAAGAUUCAAAAAAAGCUUCCACAGAUUUUGUUGUAGUUCAAUCAGAAAAUAACUAUGCUAUGAGCAAUAAGUACAUCUGCAAUGACAUUUUGAUCAAAAGUGACAGAACCGAUGAGUCUGCUGAAGGAUCUUCAGAUAUUAUCUACAGCCAGAAUUUAAUAGCGAGGCGCCCUACUUUAUCUGCAAUGAGCUCUGCUGAUAGCUCUGGAGUCAACUUUAAACGCUUUAAAAAGAAAAAUACUCCAUCAGGGAAUAGCUUCACCAAUCUUGUUCCAUUUUCAAAAUUUCCUUACAAGGAAUCAGACUACAGAAAUGAGCAACUGGAGGAAUCAGUCAGGGAAGAAAAGAAGAGGAAACAAAUGGAAGCCAUGGCAGAAGACCUAUUUAAUACUGAUAAGGGAAGAAAGCGUGGGGUUGCGGGUUCGCUUUGCGGGCUUCUUAUGCGCAGUUGACCUGGGCAAUAUAAACAAACAAUCGUGGCAGCUACAGUUCACAUCCGGAGAUUAUGUUGAGCUGGGAAAACCGUCAGCUGCUCAUGCAACAUUUCUACUACUCGAAUUCAGAGCUUCCUAUUCUGCAUAGGAGCAAUUUUGGUGUACAAUGGAAAAGUUGGCUGCCACACCAUUUGGUUCUUCAAGCUUGGAACCACAACCUGUGAGGGAAACUAUGGUGAACAGAUGAACUGACCAACUCUUCAGUCUUGGAGGCUUGGAGAGAUCCCCUUCGUCACUUGGGAGCUCUGUCACGUUGGCCAUCUGUGUUCUCUUCCGAGUGGUGGUAUGCAUUUUCUUGGUGUAAAGACCUGUGAAUAUCUAUCUAUGCGGAUCUGUUACCCAGGAACCUCGGUCGCAUUAGCCACUCUUUUUCACCCUUGUAAAUUGUCUUCGAUGGCAAACGUCAAACAUAGCUCUUUAGCGAAGUUGACUACCAGGAUUCCCUUCCUUUCUUUUUGUUUCUGUAGAAAAUAUUUGUCUAUGACCACUCACAUGCCUCUAGUUUUGAAAAUACCAUAUCCAUAACCGAACUUUACUUUUAG